AUGGCCAUUGGAACCUCGACAUCUCAAACAGACUGCGCUGCACCUGAGCCCUGCCGCCGGAUGCGUCUUGAUGCCCUGCUCAAUUUCGACGAGGACAAUACAUGUCCUCCCCAAGUAAAAUCCCCAGUGGUUGACCACACCCGCGCUGGCGCACUACCUCUGCCCAAGCGCCGGUGCUGUGAGCGCUGUUCCAAAAGAAAGAUACGCUGCGAUCGACGUACGCCGUGUCUCAACUGUGACAGGGCGGGAACCAAAUGCACAGUGGCCAGACAGAGUCGCGAUGCAAAAAACGACCAUCGAGUCAACAAGAAGCAGCAUUUACAGAUUCCGCGGACAGAGCUUAUAGACCGCCUGGCAGAACUGGAGCAGAAACUCCUCAGGCUCGGUCAGGCUCUGGGGAAACGAUGCGACAAGGUUCAGUGCACGGAACAAGUUGUGUAUAUGCCCAUUGCGUCUCGCGAUAACAUUGUCUCACGGCAGACUAACAUGCAUGCACCAGAAGCCGCCUGCGCCUGGAAUCUUCAUCCAAUAACAAGGGAACGGAUCAAUUUUUGGCUAGAAGAGCAGAGCAUGAGCUGA